AUGGAUGGCUUCUUCAAGGAGAACGGUGCCAUCUUAUGGCCCAGCGGAUCGCCCUAUCCCGUCCUGAACCCUUGGAGCUUCCACCAUCUCACCAAUGUUGUCUGGGUCGACCAGCCAGUCGGAACUGGGUACAGCCAGGGAAACGUAACGGCCCAGGACGAAGGCGACAUCGCAAGGCAAUUCCUAGGGUUCUGGAAGAACUUCAUAGAUACGUUUGAGAUGGAAGGCUACAAGGUUUACAUCACGGGCGAGUCAUACGCUGGAAUGUACUGCCCUUACAUUGCUCACGAGAUGAUCAAAGCCAACGACAGCAAAUACUUUGAUGUUGACGGCAUGAUGAUAUACGAUCCCUCCAUCGGAUCGGGUAUUCUUACCGAAAUGUCUACCAAAUAUUUCCACGAUAGUUGGAAGCACGCCAUACCUCUCAACGACACUGCCGCAGCAGCUCUGGAGGAGAUGGCCGACAAGUGCAAUUACACAACCUACCUGGAUGAGUACCUCACCUACCCACCUUCAAAGGCCCAGCCUGACGUCGACACUCUUCCAGCCGCAUCGGACGAGGAGUGCGACGCGCAGAACUUUCUAAUCAACGCAGCCCUCGAGAUAAACCCGGGAUUCAACCUGUACCAAAUUACCCAGCUACCCCCCGUCCCGUGGGAUGUUGAAGGAUUUCCCUAUUCAGACUUCUAUACCUACCCCAACACGUCUAUUUACUUCGACCGACCUGAUGUCAAGAAAGCACUGCAUGUGUCGGAAAAUGUGAAGUGGGAGAUUUGUAGCACUGGGUCGGUGUUUGUCGGCGGAGAUUCGUCGCUUCCAUCAGCCCUGCACGAAAUUCCCGCCGUUAUUGAGAGCACUAACAACGUGCAGAUCCACCACGGCGUCCUGGACUUUGUCCUCACUGUUAAUGCCACUCUACUUACCAUCCAAAACAUGACGUGGAAUGGCGCCAUGGGCCUGAGCGAAAUGCCACGCGAGCCACUGUUUGUGCCCUACCACGAGAAUUCAUUUGUCCCCACAUCGGCUGGUGCUGGUGUUCUGGGCUCAUGGGUCGAGCAACGGGGUCUCACUGUUGGAAUCGUAACCCUCACUGGGCACAUGAUCCCCGAGUGGGUACCGGGUAUAGCUUUCAGGCAGAUCGAAGUGCUCCUGCGCAGGGUUGAGAACCUAGCCAGCACAAAGCCUUUCCCGCAGUCACCCAAGUCCCCCCAGCCCAAGGCCAGCGGACUUGGACGAGGCACAGCGGGCACCAACUGGGGACGCGUUUUAAAGACAUAA